AUGGAGUGCGAGUUCGCGGGAGGCUCCCUUAACGCGCUGCUGCUGCUGCUGCUGGUGGUGCUGGUGGUGCUGCUGGUGGUGGUGCUGCUGGUGCUGGUGGUGGUGGUGGCGAUCAACAGCGGCACCCUCACGGGUCUAAUGUCUGUAGGCAAGGGCAUGGCCAAGCUGGUGUCUAUCGCCCUGUUCGCUCUACUCACCGCGGCGAGCGAAAUUCAAGGAGAAGGCGACGAGCGGCCCGUGCGGUGCAGCCUGUUCGGCCCCGGCUGGGUGCACACGUUCGACGGCAGCGUGUACGACUUCUCCGGCGUGUGCAGCUACCAGCUGGCGGGAGACUGCGCGGGGAACUCCUUCUCCCUGCUGGUGAGCUACGAGGAUGGAGAGGCGCGUGGAUUGUCGCUCUACGUUCCGGCCCAGGCCCUGGAGCUGCAACUCUUCACCAAUGGAACCUGCAUCCUGGACGGACACGGCGAUCUUUAA